UCGGAACGAGAUUUGCUUUCUAGCGUCCUGAGAUUUGGAUACAGACCACAACAAAGAGCGUAAAGAGCUGCAGGUCCUGUGUGUUGUGCUGUAGUUCAGCGUGCGUCCUCCGGUCGGUCGUCCUGUCUACUGUCCCCUCCGGCUUCCCGACAUGUCCCGGUGUCUGGCUCUGGCUCGGUUCGCUCUCGGUUCCGUUCAGAGGAGCAGUGGUCGGCUCACGACAUGUGCACGAGGACUGUGCAGCCGAAAUGUCGCCUCGCGACCACUGUCCGGAGACCUGCCGGUUUUACAGCUGCAGAGGUGGAGCAGUCGUCCCAGGCUGUGGAGCUCUCAGAGGUCCUGCCUCGGCUUCGGCCAGCAGAGCAGCUACAGCACCCAGGAGGCCGAGAAGGAGCCAGAAGAGGAGCCUCUUCACACCAUCAUCAGCGACACAGAGUCUGUCCAAGGUACCUCCUCCAAACACGAGUUUCAGGCUGAAACCAAAAAGCUGCUGGACAUCGUUGCCAGAUCUCUGUACUCUGAGAAAGAGGUUUUCAUCAGAGAGCUGAUCUCCAAUGGCAGCGAUGCUCUGGAAAAACUGCGUCACAAACUGAUGACAGCAGGAGAACAAACGGCUCCGAUGGAGAUCCACCUGCAGAGCGACGCUGCCAAAGGAACCUUUACCAUCCAGGACACUGGAGUUGGUAUGAGCCAAGAGGAGCUGGUGGCCAACCUGGGGACCAUCGCCCGCUCAGGUUCCAAGGCCUUCUUGGACGCGCUGCAGAACCAGGCCGAGGCCAGCAGCACCAUCAUCGGUCAGUUUGGAGUCGGGUUCUACUCCGCCUUCAUGGUGGCCGACCGUGUGGACGUCUACUCCCGCUCCGCUGAGCCCGGUGCUCCCGGAUACAAGUGGUCCUCAGACGGCUCUGGGCUGUUUGAGAUCGCUGAAGCCAGCGGCGUCCAACAGGGGACAAAGAUAGUGCUGCACCUCAAAGAAGACUGCAAGGAGUUUUCCUCCGAGGACAGAGUUAAAGAGGUCGUAACAAAAUACAGCAACUUCGUGAGCUUUCCGAUCUUCCUGAAUGGACGGAGACUCAACACCCUGCAGGCCUUGUGGAUGAUGGAGCCGAAGCAGAUCAGUGACUGGCAGCAUGAGGAGUUCUACCGCUACGUAGCUCAGGCCUACGACCGGCCGCGCUACACGCUGCACUACCGCGCAGACGCUCCGCUCAACAUCCGGAGCAUCUUCUACGUCCCCGAUGCGAAGCCGAGCAUGUUUGACGUGAGCAGGGAGAUGGGUUCUAGCGUGGCUCUGUACAGCAGGAAGGUUCUGAUCCAGACCAAAGCCACCGACAUCCUGCCCAAGUGGCUUCGCUUCCUCCGAGGUGUGGUGGACAGCGAGGACAUCCCACUGAACCUGAGCAGGGAGCUGCUGCAGGAGAGCGCCCUCAUCAGGAAGCUCCGUGACGUUCUUCAGCAGAGGGUGAUCCGCUUCCUGCUGGACCAGAGCAAGAAGGAACCAGAGAAGUACAACAAGUUCUUUGAAGACUACGGCCUCUUCAUGAGGGAAGGCAUCGUCACCACGCAGGAACAAGACGUCAAGGAGGACAUCGCCAAGCUGCUGAGGUUCGAGUCGUCUGCUCUGCCGGCGGGUCAGCAGACGAAUCUGAUGGAGUACGGCUCCCGCAUGAAGGCCGGCACUCGCAACAUCUACUACCUGUGUGCCCCCAACCGACACCUGGCCGAGCACUCGCCCUACUACGAGGCCAUGAAGCAGAAAGACAUGGAGGUGCUGUUCUGCUACGAGCAGUUUGACGAGCUGACGCUGCUCCACCUCAGAGAGUUUGACAAGAAGAAGCUGAUCUCAGUGGAGACCGACAUCGUGGUGGAUCACUACAAGGAGGAGAAGUUCGAGGACGCCAAACCAGCGUCGGAGCGUCUGAGUCAGGAGGAGGCUGAUGACCUGAUGUCCUGGAUGAAGAACAGUCUGGGUCCCCGGGUCACCAACAUAAAGCUGACUCCUCGUCUGGACACUCACCCGGCCAUGAUCACGGUGCUGGAAAUGGGGGCUGCUCGCCACUUCCUACGAACCCAGCAGCUGGCCCGGACCGCCGAGGAGAGAGCCCAGAUCCUGCAGCCCACGCUGGAGAUCAACGCAGGACAUGAUCUGAUCAAGAAGCUGCACCAGCUGAAGGACUCCAACUCUGAACUGGCCGGAUUGUUGCUGGAACAGAUCUAUGACAACGCCAUGAUCGCUGCAGGCUUAAACGACGACCCCCGACCCAUGAUCUCCCGCCUCAACGACCUGCUGACUAAAGCUCUAGAGAAGCACUGAGAGCUGCUGCAGACGGACUCUGUUGACGAAGACAAAGAGCUGCAGUUAGUGAAGAACGCUGCAGACCUUCGUUUAUCUGAAGCCACAAAAUCACCUCUUUCCCCUCUGGAGUUCUUCAGUACGCGGCUUAAAAAGGAAAACAUGGAGUGAAGUGUUGAGUCCACGCCAACAUCAGGUAGAAGACGGUCUGCUCAUGAAGGUUCCUCCUGUUUGUUCACUUCACGUUCCCAUCAGGCCCAGACAUGUGAAAAACAGCAUUUAGUUUCAGACCUGUGGUCCUCUCAGAAAGCUCCUGAAAACAUCGGUUCUGAUCUCUACAAAGUUUUCUGAUUCCUGUUGAAACAGCAAAGAGCAGAUGAGUCCAGUGGAUUGGAGGUUUGAAGCUGAAGAGAUGUUUGUGCUGCAGUUAGAAAUGGAAAACAGAACCAUCGCUGUCCCGCUUUAUUUUUUCAUCUUUGUUCUAUUAUUUCAUAUUUUAUGUUCAUUUUUGUGGUUUAUUAGGAGCUAAUAACCUGAAAUGUGUCCAUAUUUCCUGUCUUCAUUCAGGUUUUGAGGAAUUUAAUGUGAAAUUAUUUUAUAUUCUGUCUAAACAUUUGUGGAGCUGCUGGUGGUGCCUCAUAUUAAAGCAAAUAAGAUUCAUCCCCGUGUUAAAAAAAGAGAUAAAUCCAGAACUUCUUGAAAAUACAAUUUACUGCAUUUCAAAGUAACAUCUGAAAAUCUGAGAGAAACCUCGGCUUCAGGACGUCUUCCUCCUGUGAGUCUCAGAACAUUCAGAGACCGACGGACUGCAGUUAGAAGGAAACAGUUGAAGUGAUUCGGUUUGUCUGCCAGCGUCCCAGCACCAUCACUUCAUCUGAAUCACAUCAGACCUCCUGUCCAGGCUUCCUGCUCCUCCAGGUCUCACUCCUGACUGUCCAGCAGCAUCAAAUCCCAGAUAUGAGGAUCAGGAAAGCUUGUCUAUGUUGGCCAAGAAGCGCUGGGCCCACCAUUCAUCCAGAUCUAUGGGCACAAAGGCUGGAAGGGGGGGAAGGAGAGGGGAGAAAGGAGAUUAACAAUCACUGUCAGGAGAUAAAGGUCUGCAGCCACGUCUUUGGUGUGUGAGGAUGUAAAGGUGAUAAAACCCCAGAAAACUCCUGAAAGGAUGAAAUAUGUGGAUUAAAUUUAGUGUUUCUCUGCCCGUCAUUACUGUCGUACAGUAAAAUAAAGGAUUCCAGUUUAAAACUAA